UAGAGCCUUAGUCUUUCCUUUGUGCUGACUCUCCAAUAUUUAGGCUAUGAGAAAUUAGGCUUCGAGGAAUAUUGUUAACUACUUUGUUCUGCUUUAUGUUAUCAUCUGGAUGAAGGUUGGCGAGUUCUGUGAAAAGCAGGCAUGAGUUUGUCUUCCAGAAGAGUAACAUUGCCUGCAGUUAUGCCAAUAACUCUGCAGAAAAGGGUAAUCAAAGUGUAUAGUGAAGAUGAUACUAGCAGAGCUUUGGAAGUACCCAGUGAUAUAACAGCCAGGGAUGUAUGUCAGCUCUUGAUAUUGAAGAACCACUAUAUUGAUGACCACAGCUGGACUCUCUUUGAACAACUUACCCACACAGGUUUAGGAAGAGCUAUAGAAGACCAUGAAUUAGUGAUGGAAGUUCAAUCAAAUUGGGUAAUGGAAGAGGAAACCAAACUCUAUUUUAGAAAAAAUUAUGCCAAGUAUGAGUUUUUUAAAAAUCCCCUGAACUUUUUUCCAGAUCAUAUGAUAUCUUUUCCAAGUGAGACAAAUGCUGCUCUAAGCCACUCUGGGAUAUUACAGAUGUUCCUAAGCUCCAGCACGUAUCCUGAGAUUCAUGGUUAUUUGCAUGCAAAGGAGCAGGCAAAAAAAUCAUGGAAAAAAUUGUAUUUUCUUUUAAGAAGAUCUGGCCUUUAUUUUUCCACUAAAGGUACUUCUAAGGAGCCAAGGCAUCUGCAGUUUUUCUGUGAAUUCAGCAAUAGUGAUAUGUACAUGUCUUUAACAGGCAAAAAGAUUUCUGGAGCACCAACAAACUAUGGAUUCUGCUUUAAGCCUAACAAAUCAGGAGGAACCAGAGACCUGAAACAGCUCUGUGCAGAUGAUGAACAAAGUAGGACCUGCUGGAUGACAGCAAUUAGGUUGCUUAAGUAUGGGAUGCAGCUGUAUCAGAAUUACAUGCAACCAUAUCAAGGUAGAAGUGGCUGCAGCCCUUUGAAUUUAACACCUAUGAGAAGCAUUUCAGAAAAUUCUUUAGUAGCAAUGGAUUUCUCAGGACACAGAAGCAGAAUUAUAGAAAAUCCAACGGAAGUCCUUUCAGUUGCAGUUGAAGAAGGAUUAGCAUGGCGGAGGAGAGGGUGUCUCCGACUCAACUCACGUGGUAGUCCUAUUGCCAUGUCUAACAUGGCUAUACACAGAUCUCAGUCGUGGUUUCAUCAUAAAAUCUCUAGAGAAGAGGCUCAGAGACUUAUUUUGCAGCAUGGACUUGUAGAUGGGGUAUUCCUGGUACGUGAUAGCCAAAGUAACCCCAAAACAUUUGUAUUGUCAUUGAGUCAUGGAUUAAAAAUAAAACAUUUUCAAAUUGUACCAUUGGAAGAUGAUGGGAAGCUAUUCUAUACCCUUGAUGAUGGUCAUACCAGAUUUACUGAUCUCAUCCAGCUAGUGGAAUUCUACCAACUUAAUAAAGGAGUUCUGCCUUGCAAGUUAAAACACUAUUGCGCACGAAUUGCUCUUUAACCAAAGCAUCUGUUGUUUCAUCAGAGGGAAAGGAAGAUACUAGAAUACGUUUCCCCUAGAGGGAAUUUGUAUAGCAAAAAGGGGGCAAAAAGCAUUACAUUGUAAAGAUUCUAUGUUUAAGCUGCAAAAAAAAUUUAUAUUCUAUAUAGAUAAGAACUUUGCUUUGUGAUUGUCACAGCAAAAUUAACUUUAUGGUUUUAAAAAACCAUUCUUUCCUAUGUAAUUCUUUAGUGUUGUCUUGUACUUUGGGUUUUUUUUCAACUGAAAACAGUUUUGAAAAAUAUUGUCUAUCUCCUACAAAAAUAUAACUGAAGGAAGAUCUUUGUUCUUAGGUUUAAAAUUAACUUUUUGUCUCUAUAAAUGUUUCUCAUAAUUUCUGUUCAUCACAUAAAAGAAUAACAUUUACUGUGGUGAGGUUAAGAAGCUGAACUGCACAUUUUAUUUGUAAAUAAAAUGAAUAAAUAUUUUGCACUAUAUUUUUGAAUGCUACUUUGAGGAUUAUCAUAUCCAAAAAGUGAAAAAAUCAUUAAAACCACUUAUAACUGCUCAGUUGUAUUGAGUUGUGCUAUUAUUGUUGUAAUAUUUUAAAGGAUUUUUUUCUCUAAUGACUAAAUCUGUAUCUUUGUACAGGGCUGGAGUGUCACUGACUUGGCUGUGGAAUGUAUAAACAUGCAUAAAUUAUUAUGUGGUGGAUAACAUGGUUUAGUGCAUACCUAUAGUCUCUGACACAGAGAGAGACUUCUUAAAUUCUGUGGAUUGUUGCACAGUUAAGAAGGGAAUCAACUUCAGUUGCUCUUUAAAAAUAAAGGUAAUGUCUUAAUAUUUGCAAAUUAACAAUAUUUACAAUACUUGCAAAUAAAAAUAAAUUUAGUGGGCUUGACUCUGCUGAAAACCUUGUGAAAGUGUAUGUGCAGUCAGUUCCUAGCUUAUUUUAUUAUUUAUCACAAAAUAAAAAUGUCAGUAUAGCUAUUGGUCAACCAGUCUUUGCAGAUUACCAAGUAUCUAACAUUCCAACUAAAAGGAACUGAGAUGGUAGACCAAGUCAAAUUUGGGACCAUAGCAUUAGAAAUACUUUUGAUAUCUGUGUUUUGAAAGAAAGAUGAUACUGCUGCAUCCUUGAACAAAAAUUCGAGUGCAGUAGGGCCUGAACUGAAUGAGGCAUCCCUGGGUGUCCUGAUGCUUUGCUGUCCAAGAGAUUUGAUCUUGUUAUGAGGACAUUGUCCUGGGUAUCUCUGUGUGGUUAAAGGUGGUAUUUGGAGAUGGGCCAUCACACUGAAUCCAGCCCCCCUUCCUGUGCUUGCUUGGAUUCUCUGACUGUCAGGCAUACCAUCUGUGCUGCUGCAGGAGUUUCUGGGCAGAGAAGGUAAAGGAGGCCUGGGCAAGGGAUGGAGUGAGUUGGACCCGAGGCACAGCAAUGCCAGUGUGUGUAAGCUGACAAGGCCAUGUAGAUGGAAG